GUUCAAAUUCUCGUGGGGCAUAUCGCCAGUCACAAGUCGCUCCUACAGCGAGAACAUCGCCGCCGCUAUGUCUGUGAAGAUGGAAGAGAACUCGCUGAGCCGCCAGCUGUCCCAGUGCAACGAGGAAGCAUGGACCACGCUGGCCCGCAUUUCCGAAAUGAUGGGGGACGACGAGAACAUGCUCGUGUCGUACGAAAAGGUAUUGUCGCACAACCGAGUCAACCCCGUGGCGCUGUACGGCAUCGGAUGCUGCUACGAGAAAGCUGAGAGCUACAACAAGGCGGCAGAGUGCUUCCGAGGUCUCGUGAGCUUGGGCGGCGAGCAGCAAAACAACACGGAUGCGUGGGGCCACUUGGGCUAUUGCUACAUGAUGCUGAACGAUCUGUCCAACGCCCACACUGCGUAUCAGUACGCCAUGUACCAGAACCCACAGUCCCAGCGCGACCCUACGUUGUGGUUCGGUAUCGGUCAACUGUACGAGCGGUCGGGGUCGCUCGAUCACGCCGAAGAGUCGUUCCAGGCGGUACUGAGCUUUGAUCCGCCGUUCAACAUGGCGUUGGAAGCGCGCAUUCGCCUCGGCAUCAUCGCAAAACAGCGCGGCGAAUUGGACGUGGCCAUCGACCGUCUCAAGUCUGUGCUGUCGAUCGCGCAGACGAACGACAUGCUGAGUGACGUGUGGACGCAGAUCGGCCACGUGUACGAAAUGAAGGCGGAAGUGGCGCUGGCGCAAAACUCGUACAUGAAAGUGGUCGACUUGAACCCGAACAACGCCAAACCAUUGCAGCAGCUCGGGUGGCUGUGCCUCAAGCACAACCAGCACGUCGAAGCGAUCAAGUUUCUGAAGAAAGCCGUCUCCAUUGACAUGCAAGACGGCAAGGGGUGGUACUUGCUUGGCCGGUGCUACAUGGCUGUGCGCGAGUUUGAAGAAGCGUACGAUGCGUACAAGCAUGCUGUCAACUCGGACCCGUCCAACCCGAACGUGUGGUGUUCGUUGGGGGUGCUGUUUUACCAACUCAACCAGCACCUGGACGCAUUGGACGCGUAUUCCCGCGCGAUUAACAUCAACCCCAACAUAUGCGAGGUCUGGUACAACGUCGGGACUCUGUACGACGCCUGCAACCAAACCAACGACGCCCAAGACGCGUACCAAAAGGCCGCCGAGUUGGGCGCCGACGCGCAGUUUAUUCGCGAACGCCUCGACUUGCUUCGGGCCCGAGAAGCGAACCAGCCCACCACCGGCAUGCCUGGCGCCAACGCGUCCCCUGGCCCGUCCGAGCCCCCGACCACGUCCCCCAUGCCUUCGUUCACGUCCAAGAGCGCCCCUCCCCCGGUGAACGCGCCGCCGCCGCCGUCUCAAGGCGGAAGCGGCAACCUGCAGCAGCCGCCCGGUCCGUCGAUGGGAGGUCCCCCCAUGUCCCUUCCGCAUAGCAUGGGACAAGGAGGCCCGUCGCAACAAGGAGGCAACCCUGGCUCAAUAAGCAGCAGCGGCCCGUACAACCCCAACGGCCAGCCCCCUCCUCCAGGAAUGAUGGGUGGAAUGCCGCCGGGUAUGUCGCUGGGACAAGGUCCGCCCGGAAGUAUGCGCCCGAUGGGCCAUCGCGGGGGCCCCAUGGGCAGCUUGAGCGGCCCGAUCAGUGGCGGCAGCGGUAAUAUUGGCAUGGGUGUGCCCCGGGGCAUGAUGGAACCGCAAGGUCGCCGAUAAACUACUACCUUGGAGAGACGACGACUGACAAACAAGACAUUUAUAAAGACAAAUACCAAUUGAAUUCCGAA